CUGGUGGAGUGGAGAGCGAGUCACAUGCGCCAUUUAAAUACCCAGCUGUCGACAGAGAAAUAUUUUUUCACCACAGCGGCUUUUUCUGCUGAAGAUGGCGGACGGGGAGAAUAUCCUUGUUAGAGCCACUUCCAGCGCUUCAAGUAUGGAAGAACCCGUUUCAAAAAAGUCCAAAAUGAGCAUGGCCAUAGAAUGUGGGCUCAAAAUUGUUCAGACUGAGCAAGCUACAUACGGGCUAGAGGCUUGUGAGAGUUGGGCUGCGGCGAUUUCUGCGCGGCCAGAUGAGGAGAUUGAGCCGGUGAUGGCGUUAGGACAGGCCCCAGCAGCAGCACUAGGCGGAGACAAUGGGCUGCUGGUGUUGGAGCCUCAGGAAAGCAUAACAAACUUAAACGCGUCUGGACCCGCUGCGGAGCUUGCAGAGUGUCGUGGCACUGAUGAGGAGUUUUACCAAAAUGGCUUUGCCUUCCCAGAUGGUAUCAAUGAGGAUGAUGACAGAUCCUCACAUGCAAGUUCCAGUGACUGGACCCCUCAACCACAGAUAGGUUCCUACAGUUUUAUUCAGCAACACAUUAUGAGAGAGACCAAUCCGAGAACAAUACUAAAAGACUUGCUUCCUGAGACUGUGCUUCCGCCCGACUUGGAUGACAUGACACUGUGGCAGAUCAUCAUCAACAUCUCGGAGCCUCCUAAAAGAAAGAAGCGCAAAGACAUAAACACCCUGGAGGAUGUGGUUCGGCUACUCCAGGAAAGCAAAAAGAUCCUUGUGCUGACCGGCGCUGGGGUGUCUGUUUCUUGUGGAAUACCAGACUUUCGAUCCAGAGAUGGCAUUUAUGCAAGGCUGGCAAUAGAUUUCCCAGAUCUUCCAGACCCUCAGGCAAUGUUUGAUAUCGAGUACUUCAGAAGAGACCCAAGGCCAUUUUUCAAGUUUGCUAAGGAGAUCUAUCCAGGACAGUUCCAACCUUCGCCUUGUCACAAAUUCAUAUCUAUGCUGGACAAGCAGGGGAAGCUACUACGCAACUACACCCAGAAUAUUGACACUCUUGAACAAGUGGCUGGGGUUAAGAGGAUCAUCCAAUGUCACGGGUCUUUUGCAACAGCUUCCUGUCUCGUCUGUAAACACAAGGUUGAUUGUGAGGCCGUAAGGGAAGACAUUUUUUAUCAGGUUGUCCCUCACUGUCCACGGUGUACAGAUAUCCCCCUGGCAAUCAUGAAGCCAGAUAUUGUUUUCUUUGGAGAGAAUCUUCCAGAAAUAUUCCACAGAGCAAUGAGGCAGGAUAAGGAUGAAGUGGACCUCCUUAUUGUCAUUGGGUCCUCACUGAAAGUGCGACCGGUGGCUCUCAUCCCAACCUCUAUUCCUCAUGACGUACCUCAAGUCUUGAUAAAUCGGGAGCAGCUGCCUCACCUCAACUUUGAUGUGGAGCUACUUGGGGACUGUGAUGUCAUUGUUAACGAGCUCUGCCAUCGGUUGGGCGGAGACUUUGAGCAACUGUGCUACAACUCCUUAAGACUCAAUGAGAUCACAGAAAACCCCCCGCGGCUAGCGACUUCCGCAGAGCAGCCAUCUUGCAAGGCCUUGUCUACUCACAGUAAGCCAACAGAAAAAGAACAGAAGCACCGUCACACAGAUUCAUCAGUCAGUGCUUCAGAGGAAACAAACACUCAUAUGGUCUCAGACACUCCAGAACGCGACAGAGUACCAACAGAACCUUGUCCGACGGCUCAGAAUGUCACCGACACACCUAAAGUUGAUGGAGUACCACCGGAGCCCUGUCCAAAAGGGCAGAUUGUCCAAGACACUCCAGAAGUAGUAGCACAACUAGAGCCCUGUCCAAAGGCUCCAAGCCCCAAUGAGGAGAGAAUGGAGUAUUCCGUCUCUCCAUCAGCAGACACGCGGAGUGAAGAAGGCUCUGGAUUAAAUGAUCAACACAUCAACCUUGAGGUUCGCAGACUAUGCUGGAUGAGUCGAAUCUGUCGAAGUCCUAUCAGCAAGCGCCUUGAGACUUCUCAAUACCUUUUCCGAGCACCAAAUCACUACAUCUUUCAUGGGGCAGAAGUGUACUCCAACUCGGAGGGUGAGACGUCCAGCUCCUGCGAGAGCGAUGACUCAAGCCUGGAGAUGGAGGAAGACACUGACGCAGAGGACGAGCAGAGCACACCAACAGAGGUGGUCGAGGGCUGCCCCAUAGACACAGUGACACACAAGAAAGCCUGCGAGGGCACGUUGAGUGUGAAGCAGACAGACAAUACAGACACAAAUGUUCAGAACACCACAGACCUGUAAAAAAGACAGAAUUACCCUGUCUUGACAAGGCACUUUUCUUUUUUGUUUUUAUUAUCAUGUUUAGUAUUUUUAUUUACUAGAUUGCGUUGACACUUGCGUGCUUGUGCAGAAAAUUAAUUCUGUCUUUCUGCGUCCGACCACAUUACUGAGCUGCAGGGUAGUUGAGUACAUGUUUUGUGUACUACCAUUAGCAGCUUAACCAAGAAAGGAGCAGCAAACUUAGACCAAAGAACCCCCCCCCCCCCAAUACUCCAAAUGUUUUUCAAGUAUUCCAUAAAGUCCUAAAAGGUUUGUUUUUGACUUACCCACCACUGAAGUGUAAAGAUUAUAUUUAAUGGUGGCAUUGUUUUCCUUACGAUAUUUGGCAGCUACUUUUUACUGUCACGGUCAAGCUUUUAUUAUUUUUGUAUUUUGUAAGACAUACUCAACGAGUAGGUGACGGUUUUCUAAAACAUAUUGAAGUUAUACAUUGUGCAAACAUAAAGCCUUAUAACCAUGUUCAAUAUGCUUUCUUUUGAGCAAAUGGCACUUUUUUUCGUCUUCCAUUUUGAGCAGUUUGAUGCAUUUGUACUUAUGUCCUUGGUUGCAUGAGCUAUUUGGAGGAUGUGACUGGUUGUGGAAGUGCGAAUCUAUAGAGCUCGUACAUUUCUGGAGAAAUGUCCAGCCGUAACACAGACUUCGUGUUCUCUGAUCAGUUUAACAUGAGCCGAAUUUAGUGUUUUAAGAACCUUAUUUGUAUGUUUAAAUUGUUUUUGUUUUGAUAUUGAUCUUGGUAGUAAAAUAGCAAGCAUUUUCAACAUUUUGUGGUAGGCAUUUUUUUUGUUUUCAUGACACAACAUAAAUAGCCUUUAUUAAUCACAAGGUGUAACAACACAUUUGUGUAAGAAAUGGAUAGCGAUAUGAGAGUUGCAUGCUAUUUGAUGGCCAACUUUAGUUUGAGAAAGACCACUUUACAGGUAAGUGCAUGCAAUUCAGAUCCUGCAGCAGUGCCAUGGGGGUGUUUUACACAUGAAGGGACAACAUUUACAUGAAUGAAAUGGAGAUGAUUAAAAUUAAAUUUGAGUUUAGAAAUAGUAUGUCAUCCCUUGUGAUGUUGGUGUGUCAGCUUUUAUGCUCUGCAUUAUUUUUUACAUCAUUAAAAACGUACUAACCGUUUUCUUUAAAAACAUUACAUUUUAUUUGCUGGAUUUAUUUUAGGCUUAAUGACACCAUGCACCAAUAAAAAGCCCAUACAUAGCA